AUUAUUUUUGUUUUUAGUGUCAUGCAUGGAUCCGCGCUGCAGCAUUGAUAAGUUUGUUAGCUUAAAUGUUGGAAGCAAGACAGGCGAAUUGGUCAUGCAGUCUCGGAAUGCCGGCGGGAACAUUCGAUUUGCUAUCCGGGAUAUUCUCUUGAUAGACAGACAGUUUGGCCUCGAUGAAGUAGUCGUAGUCCACCAUACCGACUGCGGCUCCCUAACGUUCACCAACAAGGGGCUGCGCGAUGCCGUCAAGGAAAGAAUUGACUCAGCCCAUUGGGAUGAGGUCGAUAAGAUCGACUGGGGUGCGAACACGGAUAUGGCGGCCAGCGUUAAGGGAGAUCUCGAGUGGCUUCGUGCUACGCCACUGAUUAGGGACGAGCUAAAGCUAAACGCCCGUGGAUUCCUUUUUGACAUCCAAACGGGCGAGGCUGAGGAAAUUAAGCUGGCUUAGCUAUCGUGUAUUCAUGUAGGAAUGCAACGAUAGACAGCAGUUUAAUUAGUUAUUGCGCUCCAGUGUCUCACAGCUGAGCAGGUCAACUAUCACUC